UUGCUGAUUUCAUUGAGAUGGAAUUACGAGUCCUCAAUGAUUUAGGGUUUUUGAAUUCAAUAUGGAGAAUCCGCGUAGGUCGUUUGAUAAAUCAAGAGGACCCCGUUUGAAAAAACCGCGUUUAACGAAAUAUUGGGACAGUAUUGUAAAGAAUAUUGGGAGAGAUUACAUUAAACAUUUUGCUGCCAGAUUGCCACAUGUUAGGUUUCAUUAUUUUUCUUUUGAUUCCAUCAUUACUGAAUGGGACAUCUGGCAAAAUUUCUUGUAGUAUGCUUAUGUUUGAUUGAUUAUUGUUUGAAAAACUGCAGAAGACUUUGUUCCCAAUGAAAACACUAUACGCUUUGACAAAUAUACACAUCCAGUUGCCACCUUUAUGUGCUUAGGAUCUUAAACUCUUCAAAAUGCUGAAAUCUUCUUUGUAUGUUAAUUUUGUGCUUGUAUAGAAUGAAGUUGAUACUCAUGUUUCAAGUGUAUGAUCCAUACCAUUUUGACUGCUGGACUUAGGUGUUCUGCAAUGCAUAUAGACAAGUUGAUCCUCCUGUGCGUCAAAGUAUGCGUCAUUUUUUGGAACAUGGAAAGGGGUAUUCCCUCCUCCGACCCUCCAGGUGAUUGAAAAGGAACUUGGCUCUGCUCCCAUGAUAAAUGGUUCAUCUUCAGGAACGACAACAUCAAGACCCGAUCUACUUUCACAGCGUCCACCACAUAGCAUUCAUGUAAAUCCAAAGUAUCUAGAAAGGCAGCGACUUCAACAGUCUAUCAGGGCAAAAGUUAUGGUCAAUGAUAUGACUGGAACAUUGGCAAACUCAAAGGAGGAUUAUGAGAGGCCGGAUAGAGCAGCCAUUACAGCUGGACAGCCAUAUGGAGAUCCUUGUGUUAAAAUGAAUACUAAAGGUGUGGGUGUUGGAAGAGCCAGAGUUACUGAGGCUAUUUCCAGCCAGAGGAAUGGUUUCAAUAUUAAACAUGGAUCUCAAAAUUACCCGGCAUCCAAGUCUGGAAGGCUGAUCCUCGUUUAUUGGCAAGACGGAACAUUUCUGGUAGAAGCAGUAAUGCGACGCACAGCAGCUGGAAAAAUUGUGAGGAAGAAGAAUUUAUGUGGGAGAUGCACUCAAGAUUGUCUCAACAUGAUGCUGUCAACAUCUCUAAUAACUCGAGCAAAGAUCAUUGGACUCUUGAUCCUUCAGAAAAGUUGGUAAGAUUUCAAGAUUAGGGCUUUCAGUUGAA